CCGGGGCGGAGGCCGCGCCGGGAGCGCGGCGGGGCUCGGCGUGCGGCGCGCCCGCCAUGUCCCUGUACCGCAGCGUCGCGUGGUUCACCAAGGGGCUGCGCGAGGACACCAAAGACGGCAAUAAUGCCAUCCUAGAAUUAGGCUUUCUCCUUCAGGGGUUUAUGUUCCCCUCUCCUUAUAGCUGGUCUUCCCGUGGGUCUGCUGUUUCUGGGAGUGGCUAUGAAUCUUCGUCCAAAGACUUUGUCCCUCAUGACUUGGAGGUCCAGGUUCCUGGAAUAGUCUUUUUGGUCACUGGAGGAAACGGCAUUGGCAAAGCAACUGCCCUUGAAAUAGCCAAGCGAGAUAAGCAGCUGCUAACAUGUGUGUCCACUGAGCCCCACGGCCAGACUGUGGCCGGUCCACACGGAGGAGGGUACCCUGUGUCACAGGCAGGUCAGGAAGUCCUGGACGACGAUCCCGUGGUUCUGGGCACAGCUGCCAGCUUUCUGAGCUUUGAGCUAGAGGUGGCUAAAGCAACAGGAGCCCUUUCCUCAACACUUAAUGGCACAGUUCACCUGGUUUGUCGAGAUCAAGCCCGAGCAGAAGAUGCCAGGGGUGAGAUCAUCCGGGAGAGCGGUAACCAGGUGAGCAGCUCCUCACCCCUCCUGCUGGGUUUCCUCGCCUCCACGGUCAGCUUGUCUCCUCCAGGCUCUGCCAGGGAUCAGCUGCGCCUCCCUGCUUAUGAAGAGGCCCCACUCCACAGCUGCUUCUGGUCCGCCUUUGGUUCAGUGCUUACAUGCCUGCAGCAGCAGGAAUUUCUGCCUUGGAACAUUUUUCUGCACAUUGUGGACUUGUCUGAUCCCAAGAAAAUCUGGAAAUUUGUUGAAAAUUUCAAGCAGGAACAUAAACUCCAUGUUCUAGUGAGCUUUGUAAACAUAAGUUGCAUGGUCAAUAAAAGAGAGCUUACAGAAGAUGGACUUGAAAAAAACUUGCUACCAAUACUCUGGCCAUGGAAGAUGCUUUUGACGGGACACAAAAGCUUCCCAGAGCUGAGCCUCCUGGGCCACGCCAUGUACCCCGUUCUGGCAGCCCCAUGGCGAUGUAGAGCCCUCUCGAGGCUCUGUGGUGUCUGCCCUUCUAGGUCUCCUGGCCUAGGAGUACCGGCUCCAAAUCCAAGUCCUCCUGUGGGCCAGGACCACUGGACAUAUAGAUGCAUUUUUCCUUCUGCAAAGUGGACCCACCUACUGUUUGGCAGUGUUCUUUUUCCCUUCCUGUAUUCCUGUAGCGUGGACAUCUUUUCCUGUCGGGCGCAGGUGCGGGCCAAUGGGCCCCACAUCAGUCCUGCAGGACCCCCUGAGUGGGGCUUCCUGCUGCCGCCUCACGGGAUGCUGUGUGUUGCCUCAGGUGUGUACAUUCUCACGACCGGCCCGAUCCCUGUGCUGGAGAAAGAACACGACCCCCGGGUGAUAACCGUCUCCUCAGGAGGAAUGUUGGUUCAGAAACUGAACACCAAUGAUCUUCAGUGCGAAAGAACAGCAUUUGAUGGAACUACGGUCUAUGCACAAAACAAGAGACAGCAAGUGGUUCUGACGGCGCGGUGGGCCCUAGGGCACCCGGCCAUCCAUUUUUCUUCCAUGCAUCCUGGCUGGGCCGACACCUCAGGCACGCGAUGCAUGCUGGGAUUCCACGCCAGGUUCAGGGACCACCUGCGCUCCGAGGCCCAGGGCGCCGACAGGGUGCUGUGGCUGGCCCUCUCCUCUGCCGCAGCCGUGCAGCCCAGCAGCCGCUUCUUUCAAGAUCGGAAGCCAGUUUCCACACACUUGCCUCUCACUAGAACGUCCUCCUCACUGGCCGAAGAGGAGACACUCAUUGAAAUCCUAGAGCAGCUGGCUCAGACAUUUAAAUAGACCAACUGAGGCUCAGUGUGGUACCAGAAUUGCCUUAGAAAAUACCAGGUGUGGUCUAGGGGCCAGUGAACAAGACCUCACUUCAACUUCCCCUCGAAGACGUUGUGCCUUACAGUGAGGGGCCUACAAGGGCUGGGAACUUUUAUUUCAAAAUAAAUACUACCGGGGCUGUGAUCAGGCUGGCCUUGACUCCUGCAGCAGGUUCUUUUCUUAAGUCUCUCAUUUAUUCCAGAAUGUGGUUUUCUAAAGAAUUUGAAGUUCGAGAUGAACCACCAUUGCCAGUCUGAGGGGACCCAGGGUUGGAGGCAGCAGGAAUGCCCCACUGUGGACUCCACUUCCCCUCCCUUUCUCAGCUCCUCCAGUGUCAGAGGCUGGUGCUGGGCCCCCCCACCCCCCACCCCAGGAGAGGGCUGGACACUGCCUUUGCUGUGCAUGGUCCCAGGAGCACAAAUGUAACCAACAGAUGCUGCAUAUUUACAUACACAAUUGAAUGAGGCCUAGUUUGCAUUUGCUUAAGAUUAGGAGUGGCUUCAGUAAUGCAUGUGGCAUUCUGGUACUACACUUUGAUGAAACCUCUAAUUUACACCAUUUUACCUCUUAGUGACUCCAGGAAAAGUUGCAAUAAAACCAAUGAGCAGAUUUAGAAUACAUCUACAUACAUUCUUCGUGUCCAUGGUGGAAUCAACAUAACUCAGGCCCCACAGCAGAGGAGAACCCAGACGGCUGCAGCUUCUCAGUGGUCCUUGAGACACUGAUCCAGGGCUCAUCAGCCAAGGGCCACAAGGAAGGGAUUUUUCUGGGUGUGCCAGCCUGAAACAUCAGCAUCUUUCUGACAAAAGGAGGCACCAUCAAGCAAGCACCAGCUCCAUUUAACUCAUGCCUCCUUUUCUGCAGGAGGAUGAGGGGCCUCAGCAGUGCUGGGUGUGGGCGAGGCUGUGCUGGGCGAACACCGGGACGGGACAGCCCAGCCACUCCUUCAACCCUGAUUCCAUAGCAUGCAGGUCACUCGGUCUUUGCACCGAUUUUUCUUCUCCAUAAAAUGAACCUCACAAGUUUUCAAAGAGGCUUUCCCUGGCAGUGUUUGCCCCGAAGUCAUUUCUCCUCAUUUGGAAAGUUUACUAAACACAGGAAAAAGCCGACUUACAUGAUAAAGAAAAAGAGCUGCAUGGCCUGAGCCCGUGUGCUGUACUUAGACUGUGGUGAACGGGGCUCAUCGUCACCUCCAAACAGCAGCUCUCCCUGGCGUCUAGACAGCAGGUGGAGUGGUCUGGAACCUCCCCCUCCCACCAACUGGACAGAACCCACAGGGCUAAACAGCACAGCAAGGCUGUUGGGGUGCGUGUGUGUGGCCGCAUGUAACAGUGAUGGGACCACAGCUGCAGAAAGGUUUUCACAGAGAUUUAUUUUAAACCAUGGAGGCAACUCUGCAUUGAGAGUUGUACAUUGGUAAUGUAUACACGUAUAUUUUGGUUAGAGGGAAGCACAGUGGGAAAGUGAGCGGAGUAAAAAACAUUCACAAUAUUCAGCAGCAUUUGAAUGGAGGCCUGGAUACAGACAUUUCAACAUCCUAGGAAAUUCUUGCUCAUUACCACCUAAUCCCAUUCAGGAAGUCAGUGUCAGGACCGGCAGGGAGCGUGGUAAAUGCCGGAGGGGUCCAGCUAGACCACACGGGAGAAAUCUGUUCCAACAUCGGGCUUAUUACAUUCUCAGCCUGACCCCCCCGAAUAAUCUCCUCACUUCAGAAAAAGAAAGAAAAAGAUAGCCAUACGGCAACAUGCCCACUGCAGCCAGGUCCAGAUGUGGGCUGCAGCCCGGUGGAUGUAGAGAAUGGAAGAUCCGUGUCCCUGGUUAGAAGUAGAGUGGUAGGCAGGCACUAAUGUGGGGCCAGCACCUUCCCUGUUGUCCAGUUAGUAACAGUUUUUGUACAUUUCAUGUAAAGAUUUCCUUUUGCAAAAUGACAGUACCUUGAAAAACAAAGUCAUGUAAAAAGCAAGGCAAAUGGUAUAAGACACAAAUCCAUAAGAGUACAAUGGUUUCAAGUGACACUAGUGUUUUGGUCCAUAUGUCAUACUGGCAUAUACUGCUGAUGUAAGGCUGCCAUCCACUAAAAUGAUAAAAGAGAGUGUAUAUGUGAAACAUAUUUUUCAAAGCAUUUUUCCCUUUUGUGUGAGUGACAGCUCACCUUUUCAUGUAUCCCCGAGAACCAAGGGAAAAAAGAAUCAUAAGUAUCAAGGUCAGAUUCUCAAUCUAACUUUUCAGCCAACCUGUAAUUCCUGACACUUCCAAGAAAGUCAGAUACUCUUCCUGACUGGUAAAGGUACACAUUUUGAGGUAUCUAUUUUUAGUGAGGUGGUACCAUAAUUAAUUUCCACACUUACCAUCUUAAAAAACAUUUUUCCCCUACAACCUCAUGAAAAGAAACUUUACCAUCUUUUCCCAAAACCAAACCUAGUAGGCUGUAGAUGGAAAAAGUCCACAAAGUAACUCCCUUGAUAUGAUGGAAGACAACAAAGGCAUGUGGUGAUAGACCCUCCUGUAUCCAAGGGAAGCCAGCAACAUGUGGGCAGCUCACUGGUGAUGGGUUAGGCACGCCCAAUAAUAAACGAGACUCGUGGAAUCGUAGAAUCACAGGAUUGGAAGGGACCUUAAGAAUGAUGAUCAAAAUCAUCCCUCACUCAAGCCUUUAAUCUCCCUUUCAACAUCUCUGGCAAAGGCUCUACGCUCUUAAAAAAAUUCUCUGGUGUGGGACGUGCAAGGAAGAUAUCCCAUUCCAAUUUGGGACUGGUCUAAUGUAUAGACACUGCUUUCAUGUGCUAAAGCUAAGUAGGCUUCUCGGUGGAAAGGAGAUAAUGUUUAAAGGCAAAAAUCCAAACCACAACCCUGGAGGGCUGACAUGUGAUUCCUGGUUAAGAAGCUGAGCUGAAGUUUUAACAGGAACACAGAUGUUUCUGGACUUAGUUUUGGACAUAGAUCUUUGGGUCCUACAAGGAAAAGGCAAAUGAUGUGAUAGCAGAGACAGGCGCUGCCAUCCCCCUGCGUGGUGUUCCUGCCUCCACAGGGCCAGGUCUCCCAGACAGACCUGUAGCUGAAUUGACAAAACUCUGCCUUCCCCUUGCAAGUGCCCCUGUAAGGAGGAUCCCCCACAUUGUACUGGAAUCAUCUGCGACUUGCAAGAGCAGAAAGUGGAGGGCAGCAGCUGCCUGCGUCCGCACCCAAACACUUGGCCCCGCCUAUCUGUGCAAUGCCACACUGGACUAGAACAAUCCCCUCCUGCCGCAGGUCCAGGGCUUUCCUUUUCCAGAGUGGAGCAGCUGAGCCCAGCACACCUUUGGUGUUAGUCUGUGAGUCCUUCCUGGUAGCAGGCCGUGCACUCAUAGGCUCCACCUCCUCCUCCCAGACUCCAGUGAGAGGCUGUGCACCCAAAGAUCCAGAAUUAGUUACCCUGGGUCACUUCCAGAUAACAGUUCUAGGGAUUUCCAAAGAAAAAGAAACUGAUACUAUUAUAAUAUAAACUAAUAGUAGCAUUGGCUGCAGGAGGAGCCUCUGGGGAAACCCCUCGCAGUGAGCCGUGUGCGCUUUCCUCUGAGGCCAGGGAGCAACAGCAUCUGAUAGCAACAAGCUCGGUUCCGGGAUGCAGCUGAGCUGGUUGGCUGUUCUCCGGCAGCUCCAGCCCACUUGUGAUCCCUGGACACACCACACUGACUCCAGCUCUCAGGCCUUUGUUUAUGCUGUUUCUGAAGCCUGGAAAGUCAUUUCCAUUUUUCCCCCUUAUGACUCACUCCUCAUCCUUUAACACUGAGCUCAAAGUCCUUUCCUCUGUGAAGCCCCUCCUGCCACACCUGCUGGGUUAGUGGCACCCUGGCAUGCCUCUAUUAUGACCACAUUGCACUGAAAAGACCCAUUUACUCACUGUGUGACCUCUGCCCAGCCUGAGAAUGGGCUGCAGACAGCUUGCACCGCCAGUGCCUAAAGCCUGGUGGCUGGUGAGUGCUCAACACGUUGGCAUGAACAUUCAAAUCUCAGGGAUCAUCUAGAGAACUCAGUGUUCAACAGGAACUUAAUUUCUGUGUUUUCCAAUCCAGUUAAUAAAUAUCUGUCUUCAUACCAGGAAAAAUUCAGUAGUAUUUUAAAGGAGAAAAAAUAA